AUGGCACAGUUGAUAGUACUGAUCACCUGUUUUGUGAUUGUUUUUGCUACUUCUCAGCCUUGCCAGACCCCUGAUGACUUUGUGGCUGCCACUUCACCAGGACACGUCAUGACUGGAGGUUUGUUUGCCAUUCAUGAAAAAAUGCUGUCCUCAGAAGAAUACCCUAGAAGGCCAGAAAUCCAGAAAUGUGCCAGCUUUGAAAUAUCAACUUUUCUUCAAACUCUGAUACACAGCAUUGAGAUGAUCAAUAAUUCAACACUAUUGUCUGGAGUCAAACUAGGGUACGAAAUCUAUGACACCUGUACAGAUGUCACAGUGGCAAUGGCAGCUGCUCUGAGUCUUUCUAAGUUCAACAGCUCCAGAGAAAUUGUGGAGUUUAAGUGCAACUAUUCUAGCUACAUGUCAAGGGUUAAGGCUGUCAUAGGUGCUGGCUACUCAGAAAUAACCACUGUCUCCUGGAUGUUGAGUUUACAGCUCAUGACACAGGUGAGUUAUGAAUCUACUGCAGAAACCCUAAGUGACAAAAUUCAGUUUCCUUCAUUUUUAUGGACGAUGCCCAGUGAUUUCUACCAAACUAAAGCAAUGGCCCACCUGAUUCAGAAAUCUGGACAGAAUUGGAUUGGCAUCCUAACCACAGAUGAUGACUAUGGACUCUCAACACUUUUGCAGUUCAGACUGAUCUCCUUUGCAGUUCAGACAGCAGCAAAUAAUGUGUGCAUAGUCUUCAGAGAAGCUCUCCCAGACUUCCUCUCAUUAAUGCCAGUAAAUUUGGUAUUUUUGGUCAGGAUCAAUCAGACACUUGAGAGAAUCAUAGCAGAAGCCGAGGUUAAUGUCGUUGUGGUAUUUCUGAGUCAAUUCCAUGUUUUCAAUCUCUUCAGUAAAGCCAUUGAAAGGAAUAUAAAUAAGACCUGGAUUGCUAGCUAUAGCUGAUCAACAUCCACCAAGAUUGCUACCAUUCCUGAUGUUAAUAGGAUUGGCAAAGUUGUGAGGUUUACCUUUAGAAGAGGGAAUGUGUCCUCUUUCUGUUCCCUUCUUCAAAAUCUUUAUGCGUUUCCCAGUGAUAACAACAAACUCUCAAAUGAAUAUGCCAUGCUCUUGUCUGCUUGUGCACAUACUAAAGACAGUGAUCUGAGUUGAUGCAUCUCCAACUAUUCUCAGGGCACUUUGGCCUCUGAGGACACAGAAAGGAACGUCUUCCUGAGAACUGACUUCCUGUGGGAUUACACUGAACUGGGACUUGUUCACAGUAUUCAGCUAGCAGUGCUGGCCCUUAGUUAUGCCAGUCAGGAUCUGUGACAAGCUUGAGGCUAUCAGAACCCCAAUGGCUUUCAACCAUGGGAGUUACUUGCUAUACUGAAAAAUGUCACAUUCAUGGAGGGCUGGAGUUCAUUUCAUUUUGAUGCCCAUGGAACUAUGAAUACUGGAUACAAUAUUGUGCUCUGGAGGGAGAUCAGUGGCCACAUGACUUACAAGAUGGUACAAUAUGACCUGAAAAAUGACGUCUUCAUUGCCACAAAUCAAGAAACAAAAAAUGAUCACAGGAAUCUUAAGAAAAUUCAAUCUAAAUUCUCCAAGGAAUGCAGUCCUGGGCAAAUGAAGAAAACCACAAAAAGUCAACAUACUUGCUGCUAUGAAUAUGUGACCUGUCCUGAAAAUCACUAUAACAAUCGGACAGAUACGGAUCAUUGCCUUUUAUGCAACAGCGAAACUCACUGGGCCCCUAUAGGGCGCACAAUGUACUUUGAAAAGGAAAUGGAGUACCUUGACUGGAAUGAUUCCUUGGCUAUCUUGCUCCUGGCCCUCUCUCUGCUGGGAAUCCUGUUUGUUCUGGCCAUUGGCAUAAUAUUUGCAAGAAACCUGAACACACCCAUUGUGAAAUCAUCCGGGGAAUUGAUGGUCUGCUACGUAAUCCUCUUCUGUCAUUUCCUCAAUUUGGCCGGCUCAGGCUUUUUCAUUAGAGAACCACAAAGCUUCACGUGUAAAACCAGGCAGACACUACUUGGCAUGAGCUUUACUCUCUGCAUCUCCCACAUUCUGAUGAAGACCCUGAAAAUUCUGCUGGCCUUCAGCUUUGAUCCCAAGCUUCAGAACUUCCUGAAGUGCUUCUAUAAACCCAUCCCCAUCAUUUUCACUUGCACCCUCCUGCUCAUCUUUGCAGCCCCUGCUGUGGGACAAAAUGUUUCCUUGCCCAGAGCCAUUAUCUUCGAAUGUGAGGAGGGGUCCAUUCUUGCAUUUGGCUCCAUGCUGGUCUAUACUGCCAUCCUGGCCUUCCAGUGCUUCAUUUGUGCCUUCAAAGGCAGGAAAUUACCUGAGAAUUACAAUGAGGCCAAAUUCAUAACAUUUGGCAUGCUCAUUUACUUCAUAGCUUGGAUCACCUUUAUCCCCAUCACUACGUUUGACAAAUAUUUGCUGGCUGUGGAGAUUAUUGUUAUUUUAAUAUCUAACUACGGGAUUCUAUGUUGCAUGCUCUUCCCCAAAUGCUAUGCUAUUCUUUCUAAGCAAGAGACUAACACAAAAUCUGUCUUUCUCAAGAUGGUUUACAGUUACUACUCCCACAGUGCAGGCAGCCUUGCCAUGAGCCACAGCAACAGCAAGGUCACAAUAACCAACCCCAGCUCUGCUGGUGAGUCUGCAGUCCAGCAGAAAAGUAGAGAUCUUCAGGUACAAGGCUUUGCACACACAUGCAGAGAAAAUGCUAUGUGCAGAUCUAAAACUUUGCCUCAAAAAAGAAUCUCAAGUAUAUGA